AUGGCCGUCAAUCAGUUGAAAGGGAAAGCAGCAAGCUCCACGGAUUCGAGGCAACGGCAGGUUCGCGAGUUUGAAAUGCGACAAGGGCGGGGAGGAGGAUUCGGUCUGCCUGGUGGACUAUAUCAAGCUGGGGAGGUGAACAAUCGGGAGAGCGAGUGGGCGGCAGUUAUGUCCGGUGGUUUCCGGAUGGUGCGGAGGCAAAAGGAAACAGAGUUAUCCCUUGCGGCCGUCGAAUGA